CAGCAUCAUCGUCGUGCAGUAGAGAGCCAUCAUCACCUGCCUGUCACGCCGCGCGCGUGCCUCCUCGCGCCUGAACGGCCUCGAUGCGCUCCCCCGGCCGGCGAGCUGCCUGACCACUGCCACUCCUGCGCCGGCCGCCGAUGCUGCGGUGCGCCGACGAUUAGGCCAUCAUGGACGGCUCGCAGUACUCCAAGCCCAGGGAUGUCGCGGCCGGUCCUUCGAAGCACGCCCGGCCCGCCCAACACGACGCAUUGGCGGCGAAGCGCAGUCGACCGUGCGAUGCGUGUCGUCGCAGGAAGUCCAAGUGCGUGACCGAGGACGGCAGCUCCAUCUGCGUCCUCUGCAGAUUCCACGGCCAGGCCUGCACCUACAUCGAAGCACCCCAGCCACGCAAGCGCAACACGCAGGCUCAGGCUCAGGCUUUGAGCGCCACCGCCAGCACCGUCUCCACCGCCUCGCAGGUGCCAUUGAAGCGAAAGCGGACCUUGCAUCUCAAGCCGGGCACGGGUGUCGAGGAGUACGACACGCUGCCGGGAAGCCUCUUGACGCGCACCUUGGGCUUGCAGAAUCGCCACCACAGCGAGUACGUCGGUCUGAACGCCGUGCCGGACGUGUAUAGCAGCCAUGCGGUCGACUCAACGGCAACUACGAGCGAUGGAAAGCAGAAGCAAGACUACAUCCGCUUCGUCCACCCGUCUCACGCCUUCCGCAUCAUUCCAGAUGAACAAACGGAAGGCUACGAGCAAGAACGGACUGUCGUCGAUGAGAUCGAAGCCCUCGCCAACGGCCAUGGCAAGAAGCUUGUCGAACUCUUCUUCCGCGUCGUUCAUCCGAGCUUUCCCAUCAUCCACAAGGACGUCUACUUGGAAAAGUAUGCGCGAUCGUAUCGCGAAUUCUCGCCACCUCUGCUUGCGGCAGUAUAUUUGCUCGCCUCCAGCUAUUGGGCCUACGAUGAGCAACUGGCAAGGUGUCGCAUGAUCGAUACAGCAGCGUUGCAAGCCCUGGCUUUCAGCUCCCUUCAAAACACAAUGCGAAGGCCAAAGCUCUCUACCAUACAAGCUGGUUUGUUGCUAUCGCAGUGGCAAAAAGCGUUCAUGGGAGCAUCAAACGACAACCGCGAUCGAUUGACAGUACAGCUUGUGAACAUUGCGCAUGGUCUUGGCCUGCAUCUCGACUGCUCGCACUGGGAGCUACCGGAUUGGGAGAUAGGUCUGAGGAGACGCAUCGGGUGGGCAUUAUUCAUCCAGGAUAAGUGGACUUCCUUGCUUGAGAGCCGGCCUUCUCUUAUCAGCAUGGACGACUGGGAGGUCGAAGACUUGUCUGAAAUGGACUUUCCUGAGAACGUCGAAGAUGACCAAGAAGGGAGCGGCGAGGUCGAAAGAGGCCGCCUCGUCUUCACGUACAUGGCGCACCUCUCUGUCGUUCUCGGAGAGAUCCUACGAAGCAUCUCCUCGGCACGUGCAAGGCGAAUGCUUGGAGGCGCUGCAGAUCCUCUGGCCGUACUGCUGGAAUGGAUGAAGCCGCUCCAAAUAAGUCUCAAGGACUGGUUCGUUACACUUCCCGAAACACUCAAAAUGGACACCGCGGCAUCCAUGAAACUUUCGUCGGUAGGCUACUUACGCUUAGCCUACCUCACAGUUGAGGUCUGCCUUCACAAAAAGCUUCUUCGAACGUUGAACGAGACAGCCCGCCCGGACCCAACCAUAGCACAAGUCUGUCGAGCUGCUGCAACGGAAAGAUUCAGUAAUGGCACAGACUUCGUACAAAGACUGCAAGCGCAGCAUUUGCACUCUUUCUGGUACUUCCCAUCGGCGAAAUGUUGCGCGUUAAUACACGCUCUGGGUCAGACACUGUCAUUCACAAGCUUCAGCGAUGACGAGAGGGCACUUUACGAGCGGAAGCUGAAGGAGUACAAAUGGAAUCUCAAAGUCAACUCCGAAGCUGGAGCCAGCUUCAUGAAGCAGGCCCUGGCGCUAAUCAACCAGUCGGUCCGCGUGGUCAGUCAAGCAGGAGAUGGAAGCUCGGCUACAACGAGUCCCACUCCCGCGCUCUACGUUCCUGGCCACGACUCUCGUACGCCGGAACAGCCUCCACCUAUACACCAGUGGAUUCCCCACCAUCCGCAUCCGGUUCCGAACGGUGGCAUGGUGUACGACAGCUAUCACGAUUACAGCAUACACCAUGAUGCAUUUCCAGACCCUAAUACCGUCUUCGCCGCUUUCCCGACCGAGAUAGAAGGCGCGUGGAUUCAUGAUCUGAGAUGAGGAGCCGCCAGAGCAAGAUGUGCAGAUGGAAAACUCGGCACCUGUCAAGACUGCCGUGUCAUAUGCAGAGGUCUUGACUUUAUUGAAACAGCGGCGAGCCAAAUAUGAUACAAUAGGCUGGGCGGUGUAGUUCGCGUCACUGCGGUUGCGGGACUCAGAGCUCUAUUGCCAGGCUUACGCUUGGACGGCCGGCUCGCGCAGUGACGCCACGGCAACUGAGCUCUACGAAACAGCUGGAUGGCGACGAUAAUACUGCAGAUUGGAGCACGAUUAAUCUGUCGCUAGGAGCACAGCGCCCCGAAUCAUUGAUUCUCUUAUCGAUCCACGAUGCUCUGAGCAUAGCACCAGGCCGAAAAACCACUCGCUCCGAAUCCAACUCGAUCUACUCCGGGAGCAGGAGUAGUCGCGCAUUUUUACGUGCCCAUUGGCUCCUGUAAACCGAGCGAUCGGUCACGGACCAAAGUCAUUGCCGGUAUUUGGAAAUGCAGCUGCGCAAAUCUGAUUCCCCAACCGCUUUACCACCACUACAUACUGAGCCAUACCCAUAGCGGGUAGUAUACAACGACGCUGGGCGCCUCCCUCUGGUUUUCUGCAAUUGUCCGCGCGGACGAAGGGAUCUGCACUCAGCACGUGGAUAUGCUUGUUGCCGAUUGAGUUCAGCUCCACGUGUGAUACACCCAAUCAGCUUCACACAAUGCGAGCUUAAUGUUUGCCCGAGAUCUGGCCCAGUCCAGACUCUUGCCCAGUCAAGCUGGUGUUCCGCGAGCACAGCGAGCAGCUGGCACGGAAGCUUAGGACAACCUCGACACGAAUCCCUUUCGCGCAAGUUGUGGGUAACUUGAUCCGACCAACGCACGCUACUGCCUGUUAAUGUCGCCGCUAGAUUCGUGUCCCGCAAACUGGCACGCGUUCGCUAUAGCCAUUCAACCUUGAAGAAUUCUGGCCUCAUGUAGAACAUUUUAUUUCCGCAAUAGAUCCCCAGAUUACCCCAGACUGGCGGCGCGGAUCGCGGAGAUGUUCAGCGAGCUCGCGCGCCAGAAGACACGUGCAGCGGAACCGAGUAUCGCCAGCUAACUAGAGACGGUAUGAUCAGGAGGCUCCUGGCAAGA